AUGACCUUGGAAGCAUUGAGGGACUACAUGGAUAGAGAGCGCAGGAUAAGUGUCAGGUUUGCUAGAGGCGCUGUCCGAGAAUCUUUUACAUUAUUAACUCUAUCUACAGCAAGGAUACCUACAAACGAUGGUUCAAUUGAUGGUGUGUCAGCAAAAACAGAAAAGAAGAUGCGUGGCGGGGCUGAUCAUCGCAUCGAGAAGCGUAAAGCCGAGGGGGGUAUCAGGGACAGUGAGAUUCGCUUCAACGGCGCAAUCAUCCCUCGAAAACGAGUUCAGAAGGAAAUCGCACGACACGGUUACAGCAUUGCUACACCAUUGGGAUGUACUCCUGAUCGAUCGCACACGCCCGACGGAAUUGCCUUAGCUAAUAUGACUGACGUUACUGUUGAAAAUCACGCCAAGGAAUGUGAGCUUUUGGUUCACAUCAUACAGAAUUGUGGCACCUUGGUUGAAUUUAGGGGGUUAAGCUGCCUUCCUUUAUUCAAGGCAUAUGCUCUUACCGUUCACUGCAGCAUUGCGAAUGCCAUCGUUACGACAACCUUCGAUGAUGAGUCGCAUGUAGAGCACAUUGCUCCCUUUGUGCCUGGUGGAGGCUUUUUUAUUCUUCAUGCAACCUACAGGAAUGAUUCUCAGCGUCUCCGCUUGCAUCUGGCAAAGCACGAGCUAUCACACCCCACUUUUCAGAAUAUCUUGCGCGCAGCUCGAUUUAUGGCGGCAGCGAAAGGCUGUGUCGAGGCAGCAAGAGAACUCUUCUACAGUCACGAACAUAUUGACUGUCGCGAUUCUGAAGGGCAAAAUUGCCUCAAUUUGGCUGCACUUUGCAAUCAUCCCGAGAUGGUUGAUUUCCUGAUCACUCAGAACUCGGCUGUCAACAGCCGACGCAGAGACAUCCAAUUCGCCUGGACACGGGUCUGUACCUCUGAAGAGCAUGAACGGGUGUCUCGGCUUCUCAUUGACGCCGGGGCAGAUGUCAAUUGUCUUCUCACUGUUAAGCAUAUUCUUGAUCGCGCAGCAGCUACGGGUAAUACUAAUCAUGAAUUGGCUGCAUCAAAUGGUCACAUAGCGAUUGUGAGGCUACUUGUUGAAGCCGGCGCCGAGGUCCAUCUUGGCUUGGGCAUUGGGGAGAUACCCCUUGAACUUUUCUCAAGAUUCACAGAGGAAAUCGCCCAGUAUCUUGCAUAA